CACAACAUACGGGGGGGAUCAGUCCUCACCCAAUGGUAUAGGAGGGCAUAGACCACAAGGGGCCAUCAACAAAGCCGCCAUGAAUGGUGCCCGACGUCUCCUCAACCUCCUCCUCAUGUCCGUCUUCACCACUCCAGUGAUCUCCAAUGUCACCACCCCUGCCCAACCAGUGUGUGGAAACCCGGUGAUCAAUAGUCGGAUUGUUGGUGGCACAAAUGCACAUGAUGGGGCAUGGCCAUGGCAGAUCAGUCUACGGUACCAUGGCUCCCACAUCUGUGGUGGAUCCUUGAUCUCCAACCAAUGGGUGCUCACCGCCGCACAUUGCUUUGAAAUGUCUACGACCCUUUCUGACUACACAGUCAUUCUUGGCGAGUACCAGCUGCAAAUCACCAGUCCUCACCAGGUUGAGUCCAAUGUACAAAGUAUUUUUGUAAAUUCCCUGUUCAGUGGAGCUGGCACACCGGGGGACAUUGCCCUGAUAAAGCUUUCCGGUCCUGUUACUUAUACGGAGUACAUUCUGCCAGUGUGUGUCCCAUCGGCAUCUAUGAGCUUCACGGCUGGCACCAAAUGCUGGGUUACUGGAUGGGGCGAUAUAGGAUCUGGAGUAACCCUUCCGUACCCACAGACCCUCCAGCAGGUCAUGGUGCCUCUUAUUAGCAAUAGCGCCUGUGAUGCCAUGUACCAUGUCAACUCCGACAUUGGCUCCAACCAACAGAUCAUUCCUAGCGACCAGAUCUGUGCAGGAUACCAGACUGGACAGAAGGACUCCUGCCAGGGUGACUCUGGGGGACCGCUGGUGUGUAAUUACAACGAUGCUUGGUAUCUAGUCGGUAUUGUAAGUUGGGGUGAUCAAUGUGCCAUGCCGAACCGUCCAGGAGUUUAUACCUAUGUCCCAAACUACUACAACUGGGUCUACUCGUAUGGAGCCAUGCGUUCCGUGUCUUCUCCGCCAUCCUCGGCCUCCGUGUUUACGGCGUCGGCUUUACUGUUUUUUAUCUCUUUAUUGCUACACACUUGAUAAUCUGCAGAUGACCCAACAGGGUCAAGAAACUGGAAUAAUAAUAAUUUUCAUAGACUGAGUUCUGGGAGUCAGACUCUGUGAUGGCCCAAGAUUACAUUGGUGGGAUUGUUCGAGGUGGUCAGGUGCCAGGA